AUGGGGCGUGUUCUGAACUGCUCUUUCAGUAAUGGAACGUUUGAUGCGGAUCUGGACGUUGCUGGAGAAGGGGUACUUAUCGCGUUUUUAGCAACAGCAUGGUGUACCUUCAUCGUGGCAAUAAUUAGCUACUUCACACGAGAUUGCCUGCCUCCCGACGUACUCAGUGGCGCCGACUGGGUCUUUUCCCCGAUUCUGGACAAGAUCCCGACCCACUUACAUCGCCCGAAGGUGGUACAGAAUGUUAUGCUGAUUCUGGGGGACCUGCAACUUGUCACGGGUACUUCGAUAUACCUGGUUGCGUACAGCAGACAUUCCAGCAUAACGCAAUAUCAUUUCAACAUCGCGGUCUUACAGGCCCAGAUAGCGCUCGCGAUGUACACGAUUAUUGCACUCGCGACCCGAGACAUUCUUCGCAAAAGCUGGUAUAAACGCUUCUGGAGAUGGCCAUGGGUCUUCACUAUCUGCAUCGCAGACAUUAUCAGCAGUUUCAUAAUAUGGGAUGAUGGUUUUUUAAAAGACCUGAACUGGGGACUACCUAUGCAGUGUGCGUGGAGAACUAUUGGUCACUAUAGCGGCAAUGCCCUUGUUUUGCUCAUUCUGGACGUAUUCACGUCGCUGUCGGAUAUUUCGUACGCCACAGCUCUUUUUUUCCCGUCUUCGGAACGCUUCAACUUUCUUCAACAACUUCCGGACUUGAUCCUGGAGCUUUCUCUCUUCAGUUUCAAAGGAGCGUGCAGACUUGACCAGCAGCGCAUGACAACACAAAGCUCUCUACUGCGGGCGGCGAUGACGCCUAUCACAAAAACUUUGCUCUUUCUUGCCGGUCUGAUCUUCAUUAUCGUUCUCUGUGUUACGGAUAUUUUUACUUCAAGAAGCUUCCAGAUCCUCUUGUCUUACAUCAAACUGAUGUCAAAUUCCGCCCUUCUCGUUGCCCUAAGGCAAAAUGCCCGAAAUAAUGGAAUGGAAGGCGACGAAAACUCGUGGGGAUUUGGGCAAAUCUUGCCUCUCUUACUCCUAACCUUACCCAUUUUUCAAACAAUGGAAAUGGUGCUAGAUCGCAAGGACACUGGUCUAAAAGAGUCUAGACGAUCAUCAUCAUGUCCAUCGAAAAAGCCGAAUACCAACGAGGAAUCAUCAGCGCAAAACCAGCAGCGUAACGAGGAGACGGAGCAAUCACCUGCGCGCGAGUCUCAAGAGACACUGUACUCCCCUUCAGAAGUUGACUUGAAUCUAUCUACUCCCCUUUCUCGCCAGAGUACACUGGAUGCGUUGGAUCAAAUUACGCCACAAGGUGGUCGCCAACAGAGAGUAGACACCGAAAUGGGCCGCUCGAUUUUGUCUGAUAAUACUCGAGUCCAGCAAUCAGCUUCCGGGGGCUCUUUGAAUUUGUUUGAAAUUGCAACAGACAACUCACUGGAGGCAGUUCGAGAUUGCCAGAACCCAAACUACAGGAAGCUUAGCAUUGUUUCCGUCGGGAUAGUUUAUCUUAUGAUACUCAUCUUGUACCAUUAUGCAUUGGGGACUGAACGAAUCACUUCAGCACUGACAGACAAUCCAGUCGUGUCCGAUGAAUAG